CUAGGCCAUAUGCUUUCCUACAACAUGAUCUUUUCCUGCUCCUUUUAUCUGCUUUCCUCCUGUUUCAUAUCUUCUUUCCUCUUAAACUCUAUCCCACAACACAAUGAUCAUGCAAGGAACUCAAGGAGAAGUCAUCUGGCCUAGACUAGUUGUUAAUAAGAUCCUGCGGAAGAGAUUGGGUAGCAACAAUUUUGUAAGAGAUUUUCUGAACAAUACUGAGAGCUUGUUAGAAAUUCCAAGUUCAAAUCAAGAACCUCCCAACUUCAAGACAGUUUUCAAUGAUCAGAAAGAUAUACAUAAGUACAAAUUGUUUGUUAGUACGUGGAACGUUGGAGGAGUAGACCCACCAGAGGAUUUGAACUUAGAGGAUCUGCUGGACACACAAAAUAAUCCUUGUGACAUAUAUGUUCUUGGGUUCCAAGAAAUUGUAACCCUCACAGCUGGGAAUGUUCUAGGCUCCGAAAACAAUAGGAUUUCCAUGAAAUGGAUUUCUUUGAUAAGAGCAGCUCUAAACAAGAGAGUAACCCCUUCAGAUAAAAAACAAGAGUCUGAAGCAGAGAAGAUGCAAAAAGUUUACCCAAUUAAGGGAGGAAAUUCUAUGAAGAGGGGCUUCCAAUGCAUCAUAAGUAAGCAAAUGGUUGGAAUAUUUAUAUCAGUUUGGGUUAGAAGUGAUCUUCGUCGAUACAUCCGGAACGAAAGUGUGUCAUGUGUGGGCUGUGGUAUCAUAGGUUGCCUGGGAAAUAAGGGUUCAGUGUCUGUUAGAUUUUCUUUGGAUGAAACAAGCUUCUGCUUUGUGUGUACCCAUCUAGCUUCUGGAGGAAAAGAAGGAGAUGAGAAGCAUAGAAACACAAAUGCUGAAGAAAUUUUGUCAAGGACGAGCUUUCCUCAUGGUCCCUCACUUAACUUGCCGCGGACAAUUCUAGAUCAUGAUCGUGUAAUAUUGCUCGGCGACCUGAAUUAUAGAAUAUCCUUACCGGAGUCGAUGACACGAUCUUUUGUAGAGAAAAAAGAAUGGAAUGUAUUAUUAGAAAAAGAUCAGCUAAGGCUAGAGCUCAUGAAGGGAAGAGUAUUUGACGGUUGGUGUGAAGGGGUGAUCAAAUUUGCUCCUACAUAUAAAUAUUAUCCUAAUUCCGAUAAUUAUUUCGGAUGUACUCAAGGUAGAAAGGGCGAAAAACGGCGAGCUCCGGCGUGGUGUGAUCGGAUUCUUUGGUUUGGGAAGGGGUUGAAGCAGAACCAAUACAGUAGAAGUGAAUCAAUGUUGUCUGAUCACAGACCCGUUCGAGCAAUUUUCACAGCAGAGGUCGAGGUCUUAGGAACUUCAAAAGGAAUUGAAAGUGUCUUCUUAUCAGAGAGAUAUGAAAGCCUACAGAACCAUUUUGAUGUGUGUCCAAAAGAUAAAUUUCUAUGUAGUGGAAGAUCAACCUUCAAAAUUUAAAAAUAAUUUAUAAUUUGUUACAUCAAACUAAAGUGGCAAUUAAAAGAAAAAAAGAUUAAGGAGCUUCAAUCUUAUUAUGUUUGUUUUUCUGGAAAGAGUAAAUUAUUUUUAUUUUCCUCUUUUCUUACUUGAAAAGCUGUCCAUAUCAUUCCUUUUCUUUGGUGCCUAAGGUUGUAUUAAUCCACAAGUCC